AUAGAGAUGCCCUCCAUACUAGAUCGACAUGGUGAAGUUUGGCCACCCUCCGCUCAAGUUCUAUUUCAAAUAUCGGCCCCCUGAACCACCACCACUACCACCACCCCUGCCACCGGGCAGCGUACCCCCUUUGCUACAAAUCCCCAUUGAGAUUGUGUUGGCGAUCACAAAAUACAUAUCUGGUAUUGAUCGGGUCUGUCUCGCAAUCACAUGCUGGACCUUCCUCGCCAUCUUCUCAACGGCCAGCCACCAGUCACGAGUCUGCCUCGCCGUCCCUCCGGAUGGGUGUCGCCCAAGAUCCCACAGGUCAAACCGAUGGAUGCUUCUUCGACGCCUCCAGGAUGAGCACUGGCGGAUCUGCUCUGGCUGCAUCAAGCUACACCCUCGUUCACAGUUCUCGCGCUACAGCCGGCUGCUGCAGCCCGCGAGGCGACGAGUCUGCGUGCUCGGGCCGCGAUGCGGGAUGGUCGAGAUCCUGCCUACCCUGAAGCUCACAUACCCCGAUAAAGUCGACCUGGUCUGGUCUCUCCGGGCGGGCUGUGAGCCUCGUGGCAGGCUGAAAAAUAUGUUCUCCGUCGUCAUCUCCGCAGAUGGGGGGGCAAUGCUACUGCGUGAGGAGUCCGCCCAGUACGCUCAAGCCAGGCUCUCUGUGGUUGUCACGGCGAUUCUACAGGGAGACGGACAGCUACAGAUAGAUGCAUUGUGGAGGGUAUAUGUAUUUGACAAGCUCGAACGGAUGGGUAUCCCCUUACUGCUGUGUCCGCACCGGGAGCUGCGUCGACAUUUGCUUGACGCACAGCAACUUGGUUCUCCCGACGACGACCACAACGACGGCGACGAUGACGACGAUGAUGAUAUGCUGAUUCCCAGUGACAGCUAUGUCAGAUACAGCAGAGAGGUUGGCUGUAGGUGGUGCCAGACUCGAUUCACCGACCUACGCUGGUCACGAUUCAUGCCGUUGACGGAUGGCGUCUCCUUCUCAUUCCACACGUCUAGGAAUCUGGGGUACGGCGACUAUCGAACAGAUAAGACGUGGUGUCGUCAGACCGAUUAUACCUACAACAAUCUGAAAAGCAGGGAGAAGUAUCGACGGUCGCCGAGAAUGCCUUGGAUUGAAUGAUUGGAGAGCAGCGAAUAUAUUUAUAUUGAUGGAGCCUAUU